UUUGUGUAGUUUGUUUAUGGGAUUAUAAUUGUGCAAUGAAGUCUUCAAAACAGAAAGUUCGCUCAAGCCGUGGAAUUUCCCAAGUCUGUGGUUCGCUGGAUCAAACUAUAAGCAGUCCAGAGUUUCAAGUCUUGCCGAAACUUUGGGGUAAUAAAAAGGACCGUUCCAGUGGCCACAACGCCGAAAAAACACCCAGAGACGGUUGCUCUGCGUCCGAAUCUAAUUUGCCCAGUAAACGCGAUGAGCAAGUCCACCUAGAAGAGAAAGCCGGUCAGGGUGACGAUAAAAGCUCUGACAGUUCGCUCACAAUGCGCGAACCAUCGAGCCCUGAAAAAGAAAAUAUGACGCGCGAAAACGAAAAAGCGCGCCAACGCUUACAGGGUCUGUGGAGGAAUGACAGGGCGGGAAAAAGCGUGGCGUCUAAGAAGUCUCGUUCAUGCUCCCCGUCUGUCGUGGACCUGGAUGAUCCGCUAACAAGGCAAAUACGCGACAUUCACAACAACACACGCAAGAGCGCGAGAAUAAUACGCGACUCGAGGGCGCGGCUGCUGCAAAUACAAAAGAAAUCAACGCUAACAGAAGCCGAAGUGAAAGAGCUAGGUGAACGAAAUGAACUGCUUCUCCGUGAAAUGGAGAGGUUUGAUCGUCUCACCAGGAACAUACAGAAGCUGGUUGGUGCUGAGGUGGUACAGAUGAGGAAAACUAAGGAGGAGAACAUGCCUGAUGAAAUACCCAUGCGUGCUUAUGAGCCGGCAGUAUACCACGAGAUGAAAAUGAACCAUCCAACCGUUGUUUUGGGAUCCGCUAAUCCGUUCGGUAUAGAAAAGCAGACUCGAAGCAAAUCCGAAAUUGAUCUGACUCGCAAAUUGAGUGAAAGUUACGAUAUGCAAGAGAAACUGGUCGCUGAUAAUGCGGAUUUAGAAGUGAAAAGAUAUAUACUGUAUAAGGAGUUGAUGACAAAAGAUCAACAUUUGGAGAAUUGUCGAGCGCAAAUAAAAAGCUUGCAAGGAGAAUUGAAAUUACUGUACAAUGAAAAUACUAGCUUGCAGGAAAAACUCACUAAAAACAAUCCUCAGGGCGAUGCCACUGCGAUGAGCCAAGAUAACCAACCACAGAAAUUAGAUGAUUGUACUAAAGACGAAGAAAUCGUUUGCGUAAAAAAUCCUCAAGAGCUUAUAUCACAACUUCAGUAUUAUAAGACGUACACAGCUGAUAUUGAUAAAGAAGUUGGCGUGCUAGAGUACGAAGUUCGCAAUCUCCGUGCCGAGAUGGAUAGCGUGAAGGCGGGCAGCGCGUGCCGCGGCGGCGGCGCGAACACGUGCUUUGAGCAGGCGCCCGGAGGCCCACCAGUUCCACCGAUGACAAGAGCUUGUGGAGUAUGCCCUCCUUGUCCAGCACCAUGCAAUCCCAACCAUCCCCCUACGCCUGCCGAGAAGGAAGUGCAAAAGUUGACCAUCCAACUUCGGCAGACCGAAGAAAACUUUAAAACUAAAGUGACUGAGUGUGCAAUGCUAAGAGCGGAGUUACUAAAGAAGAAGGAAGAGUUAGAAAAAGAGAGAUGCCAACACCGUGAAGUGCAGAACAGGCUUAGGGAACUAGAAAUGAAGUUCGAAGGUUUGACAACACAAACAAACAUGAUGAUGGGGACAAAGGAACAGGCGUUUGAACAAGAGGUCAAUGUUAGGGCUCUGAAGCAGUGUUAUAGGGAGGCAAGAGAAGAAAUCGAUGAACUGAGGCUGUUGAUGAAGGAACAGAAUGAUCAGCUGCAAGAUUAUAGGGUUAAGUACCUCCAAGCGCAACAAUUAGUAGAGGAGCAACGGCGUCAAAUGGACAUGAUGGACAUGGACAACUCUAGAAUCAGUGAACAGAUCAAUUUGGAAAUACAGAAAGUGAAGCUGAAGUUCCAAGAAAAACUGCAAGAGUUAGCUCCCAUACCGGAUCUUCUAAAGGCGACUCAGAUGAAACUGAAGGACGCGCAACAGUCACAGGCGAUAGCUGAACACAAUGCAGAACAAUUGGCUAGGGAGUUGAAUUCUGCAAGGGAGAAGGUCCACGUGCUCUUGCACAACAGUUUGAAACCGCCAGAGAAGCCUCCAGAGAGGGGAGGAGAUGAGAAGCAGAUGGCGCUGCUGCAGCAGAGGAUUGCACAACUGACUGAGAACAAUAUGACGCUCAAGAGUGAAAUUGAGAGACUCAAGUCGAAUGUGAUACGCAUGGAGGAGUGCGUGCUCGCGAAUGAGAAGCGGCUGCAGGAGAAGAUGCACGAGUGCGCACAGCUCGGCGGCGAGCUGGAUCGCGCGCGGGACGAAGCGGCGCGCGCGCUGCAGCGGGCCAACGAGCGCACCGACACGAUCCGCAAGUGUAUGCAAACGACUGUUGCUGAGCUGGAGAGGCAGCUGGCGUCCACUCGUGCGCAAGUUAAGAACGCUGAGAAGGAUAGGGAAGAGGUCCAAAGCCGCAUGCAGUGCCAGAUCAAGCGUUUGAACGAGAACUUCGAGCAGGCGCAGCUGCGCAUCCUCGGACUGCAGACGCAGGUGCAGACGCUGCGGCGCACCGCGUCCAGCACCGGGGACGGGGACGGGGAGGGGGACGGGGAGCAGCAGGAGUGCGCGUGUAGGGCGUUCUUUGAAAACCCGUGAGGUGAAUGUGUUAUGGUAAAAGGAGUGCUCCUGUAAAUCCUCGUUUGAUGAGCCGGAUUUAAACUUUAAUAUAAUACUACUUAUAUUUUAAAUUGUUAAAAAAUGUAAAAAGAAAUUGGCCAUUAUUCAGAAACUUGCAAAAUCGCUUCUGUGAAGCGAUUAAGACCGAUUUUUAUCUACUAAUCCACAUUUAAAUAGGUACUAAGGUUUCAUGUAUAGUGGAAACCUUUUAAAAUGUGUAUUUGCAUAAAAUUAUAGAAGAUAAUAAUAUAGCCAUAUGAUAGUAUUUGCAAAUUGUGGUUGAAGUGAUGGAUGUAUGAAUAUUCGAAUUGGUGGUUAAUUGAUUUAUUGGAGAAUUUAUAAUGAGACCGUUUUUGCUCGAAUAUCAGGGAAAAUUUCACUGUUUAUAGUGAAAUUUUCCCUGAUAUAUGGUUUGAUUUUAAUUUGAUAAAGGUGGUUAACAACACGAUUGUAUUAGUGAAGUAUUAUUAUUAUUUAUUUUUAUUGGUGAAGAUUUGUAAAAUUCUAGUCACUUUAUGCUUUAACUCCAACACAAAAUUUAACAAAUUUGUUGUUUAUUUCAAUUUUAGGUAUAUUUUAGGUGUUACUUAUGUUUCAAAUAAAUAAUGUUUUUUUUAAUAAUUCAAUCCUGUAACGUGGAGCAUCGCCUGCUGUUUAUUGUGUUCUAUAAUAUCAUGUAACCAUUAUUAUUAUUGAAAAAAAAAAAACAUUUGAAUUAUAUUAUAACUGUGUUUA